AUGCCAAUGACCUGGAGCCCCGAAGCUGACGCCAAGCUUCUGAUCGGUAUCCUCAACACCAGCAACGUCAAACUCGACCUCGACGCUCUCGCCAAAUGGAUGGGACCUGAAUGUACUGUCUACGCCAUCCAGCACCGCAUCCGCAAGUUGCAGGAGAAGGCGAACUCCGGUUCUCCUGGCGGCGACUCUGCCCCUGCUUCUCCUGAGAAGCGCAAGAGGGGCCGUCCAAGGAAGAACGCCUACGAGGGCGCGGCUGGCGAGGAGACAGGAUCUCCCAAGAAGGUGAAGCAGGGCCCUGCCAAGAAGGCUGUGGAGAAUGAGGGCGAGCAUGGUGUCAGUGGUGGUUCUGGAAUUGAGGAUGCUUAG